CCUCUCGAACAAAAGCGCACACAGCAGAGAGAGAGAGAGAGAGAGAGAGAGAGAAGAUAUGGCAACGUUGGUGCCUUAUUCAUCACUUCCAACGAACGGGGGAAGUGGAAGUUUCAGCUAUCAGAAGAACUCGUACUACCAGGGACUGGCCGUAAACGUUGUGAAGGACAAAAUUGAAGAAGCGAUAAUCCACAAAAUGGACGUGGAGAGACUCUCAUCGAUGGCAAGCACAAUCAAUAUCGCCGAUUUGGGGUGCGCCGUUGGACCGAACACCUUCUUGUCCAUGCAAAACAUCCUCGACUGCAUCGAGAGGAAGUACCGAACCCAAUGCCCUACUCGCGAAACCCCUGAAUUCUCCGUCUUCUUCAACGACCUCCCGGAGAACGACUUCAACACCCUCUUCUGCUUGCUCCCUGCGGAGAGGCGGUACUUCGUGGCUGGCAUCCCGGGCUCGUUCCACGGGAGGCUGUUCCCAGAGUCCUCCCUCCACUUCGUCCACUGCGCGGUCUCGCUUCACUGGCUCUCUAGAGUUCCGGAGGAGCUCCUCUGCGAGGGCUCUGCCGCGUGGAACAAGGGGAGGGUCCACUACACAAGCGCACCGGAUGAGGUGGUGGGCGCAUAUAGAGCUCGGUUUGCGGCGGACAUGGAUGAUUUCCUAGGGGCGAGGGCGAAAGAGGUUGCGGUGGGAGGGUUGAUGGCGAUCAUCAUGGCCGGCAUUCCUCACGGAAUGCCUCACGCUAUGCUCCCGGCCGGGGUGAUGUACGAUCUUCUUGGGUCAGCCCUACUGGAGAUGGCACAAGAGGGAGUGAUAACGGAGGAACAAGUGGACACCUUCAACUUGCCCAUAUACGCAGCCUCGCCUCAGGAGAUGAGGGAGAUCGUGGAGCGGGACGGGAGCUUCAGCAUCGAGGCCAUGGACUUGGCCAACCCGUCGCCGUGGCUGACCGGUCCGGUCGACAUGCAAGAGUGGACUGACCACGUGAGAGCCGCCAUGGAGCCGCUCUUCGCCGCCCAUUUCGGAGACCAAGCGACUGUGGACGAGAUAUUCGAUCGGUUGAUGAGGAAGCUCGUGGAGCGCUCUCGAGAGGUGGAAUGCAGCUACAGGGAAAAGAUUCAAUUGUACGUCAUCUUGAGGCGCGUUUGAAGGACCCUUCUUUGUGUGAUUACGUGGUGUGGCAAAAGACUCAUUACCCUUGGGCCAAGG